UCGCGUUCGACGCGUCUGCGGCGCGUCCUGACGCGUCACGUCUGCCUUGCUCAUAUUGUACUGAGGUUGAUUCUAUAUCUUACCCAUCUGCUCUUCAUACGACACGAUGGAAGACGAUUACUACUCGGUCGAGUCCAUCCUCGCGGAGAACCAGAAGAUCCAAUGCCAGUUCAAAAUCGACAUCCCUGACAUGGGUCACUUGGACGGAGGGAACGAACGCGAUAUCAAGGCCUUGAGCAAGAUACAGAUCCCCAUGUGGAUGGCGUACAUCCUCAUCUAUUCCGACUAUGCUGACUUUACGAUACCGCUACCCUUCUCCGCACGCGUACGCAACGCGUUGAACGCAGAGGCUCGUAGCGUCAGACUCUCGGGCUUAGUUGGUCAAGGUGGGCUGUGGUACGGGUUCGGACGGAUGAUAAUGCGACUACUGAACGACAUCCCCGCACAAGAGGUCUCCGACGUUCUGACCAAGACAUUCCGUUCCCGUCUCCCGGAGGUCAUAGACCAGGCCCAUCACUUCGCAGCAGCGUCCGGAUCCGGCGGCGGGGCCAUUGGCAGUGACGAAGCGACGAUGGCGUUCCGAGAAGGCCUCGAUGGGACAGAGCGAGACCUGUUCAUGCUCGCGCAGGAAAACGCUCGAAGAACAAAGCGCUGGUACGAGACGAGUGAGAAGGCUAGACGGUCGUGAUUUUGUUGUUGUACCUUGUGUAGGACGUAUCCUGGGUAUAUGGGUAGUGUUCCAAACUUGUAAAAUUAGUUACUGCUACGCGGCUUUGGCGAAAUCUGCAGACGGAGUAUUUUUAUUCUUGCUUGGGUUUCGGAGCU